AUGACAGCCAAGCUCCCUAUUCCACGCCUGCGACGCGAAGAAAAGAGAAUGCGAGUGGCCGCUCCAAGCGGGCUUGUGAAGUCUGUCGAGAGCGCAAGCACAAGUGUGAUGGAGCCAGACCGGCCUGCUCUCAGUGCCUUGUUCAAGGCUUUAAAAAUUGGUUUUGCCCGGAAAGAAUAA